CCCAAACGGCAGUAAUUUUCACUAGAAAACCCUAGUGCUCUCUGUUCUUGAUCGGAAAAACCCUAACCACGACGCUGUUCUCCGUCGAUCCAAUCUCAUGGAAUCAUCUUCGGGUCCGGCCCUGAGCGAUUGUUUGAAGCUCCUGCGCGGCGAGCGGGACGAGCAGCGCCUCGCCGGCCUCCUCCUUGCCACGAAGUUCUGCAAUGGUGAGGACAAGGAUUCUGUACUCAAGGUUUAUGGCGCUGUCGGGGAUCGUUUUCUUGAUCGCCUCCUCAUGACCGGAAUGGGGAAGGGUGAAGCUGGGGCGAAGGUUGUGGAGGAUCGAGAGGCGUAUUUGAAGCUCGCUAUCACGGUUCUUGCUGCAUUUUGUCGUGUGCCGGAGAUUGCUUCUUCGAAGGAGAUGGUAUCUAAAGUUCCUGUUGUUGUAGAGAUUAUUUCGAAGUUACAGGAUCCUUUGAUUCUUGAAGAAUGCUAUGAAUUUUUGUUAUUAGUCGCUGGAGCUUCUGAGAAUGGUAUCAUAAUAUUUUACAAAACUGGAGUUCUGGAAAUGCUUGCUCCACAUAUUGCGGGUUUGAAUGAUGGAUCUCGAGCACUGGAGCUUGUGAUGAAGCUUCUGCAAAUAGUGUUGAAUAAACUCCCUGGAGGAUCAUUGGAUUCUGAAUGCAUUUCAGGGUUGUCAUCCUUGGUUGUUUCUAUAGCUAGACAAUUUGGUGUGCUGCACAAUGCCCUUAAGUUUGAUGCGUUGCACUUACUGACCUUCCUUUUGUCCUCAAAGAGCACUCUUCUUCAUGGUGCUCUAGUUUCAAUACCAGGUUGGUCUGCUUAUAUUCGUGCUGGCAUAUUGGAAAUUUUACAAAAUCGUGUUGUGUCUGCUGAAAAGCUUCAGGCUCUUCUUCUAGCAGAGUCCGUGAUGUCUGUACUUGGUGAACAUUGGCUUCUUGAGCAGAGCAAAUUGUAUGAUGUUCAUGACACUCUGCCAGUUGACAAAAAUCUACUACUUGUACUUGAAUCUGCGAGGGUUGAAGUUGCUGUUAUACUUAAUGAGCUUGCAUACUUAAAAUACGAGGCUUCAGAUAGUUCUACAGCGAGUGCAGAAGUUAUGCGUCUGAAACGGCAAAAUCUUGCGAUAUCAUAUUCACUAAUAGAGAAGAUAAUCAAAUUAAUCUCAAAUGUGUCUGACUCAGAAGGACUUCCAAUCAAGGAAAGCACUAUAACAAAGGCUAUCAACGGACUUAAUGAGACAAUUAAUCUAGUGCUGGAUUUUUUGCAAGAUUCUAAGGAUCAUGGACAGAGAAGAGGGGAUGAUCUUUUAGCUUCAGUACGAUUAGUUGGAAGUUAUCUUGCAGAAACACCUUUUGCAUGCAAGGAGAAGGCUCAAGGUCUUCUAGAAUUUAUGUUUUCAGUUGAAGGUGAAGAUGAAUCAAGUCCAUUUCACUCCAUAUGCUUCUUACUCCCAAUGUUGUGCCAAAUAACCAUGGAGAUUGAUGGUUGCAAAGUACUGGCGUCAUUUGGAGGGCAUACAACAGUAAUAGAAUGCCUUGUGAAAAUGAUUUUGCAACAUGGGGCUUCUGUUGAGGAUACAGAUCUAGCAUUGUUGGCAUGUGAGACAAUCAUUAACUUUCUGAUAAAGAGAAAGGACCUUGCAAUUAAGCUUGGGGGAUCUCAGCUUGUCCAUCUGCUGCGAGCAUUGGCCCUGUGGACUGAGGGUUGGAAUGAUCCAUCCAUUGUGAUGAUGGCCGCUGGCAUCUGCACUUUAGCAUUUGACUCGACUUCAGAGGGAUUUCUGUUGAAGUAUCCGGAUUUUGACUCCAACAUACUAGAAAGUUUAGCUCAAUUAAUUGCCAGAAGUUUAAAGCAGGAAGAGCUUAGCAAUCCAACAAUUGGUCAAUUAGAUCUUCAUCAGAUUAUUCAAGAUGGAUACUCUCAAUGGGUUGAUCAGUUUCCGCAUGUCAGAAAUGUUGUUGAACAAGCACUGAGCACUUGAGAUUAUGCCAGCAACACUUGCUUGCCUGCUGGACAGGAUACAGUAUCAAACUUAAUUCUUCUUGUGCAGCAAUGCAUUCUAAUAGAGAAUGAGAGGGUAUACCUUUUUUUGGCUUGGUCCUCACUAUAAUAGCUUAGACAUGGCAAUGAGUUUCCCACUGUUUUUUCGUAACAAAGCAGUGAAAUUUAUCAUACCAGUGACGAUUGUGAACAGUGUCAUUGUCCACAUCAGAUUUCUAGUGUUUCGUUGAGAUGCGUAGAAAUUGUAAAUUUUGAAAUGUAUCAGAAUGUAUAUGGUGCACUAAGGUAGUAGCUGAUGGUUCUGAGAAUGUUUCCAUAGCAAGAGAAGUGUACAGUUAUAAAAGCAAGCAAAUGGGUUCCACA